AUGAAAUUAAAUGUUCAAGAAAAAAACAAAAUUUUGGAUAACCUAAAAAACCGCUUGUUUAAAAUAGAAAAGGUCAUAGGGGAUAUAAAGCUCUAUGAAAUUAAUGAGGAUGUAAAUGAUCCUUUAAUUGAUAAGGAUGAUAAAAAAGAAGUAGUAGAGGAACAUCAAAAUUGUUAUGAUGAAAUUAAAGAAUAUAUAGAAAAUAUCAACAUCGAUAAUCUUUAUAAAAAAAAAGAUGAAUUAAUAGAAAUCAUAAAAAAACAUAAACACACAAAUAGUAUAGCUAUUCAUGUGUGUACUAUUAAAUUAAUCCUACAACAAAUAUCCAAGGAUUUUUUAAACGACAUAUAUAAUCAAUAUAAUGAAUUUUAUAUAUACAUUCAUAGCAAUAACAUUCUAGAUGUAUAUAAUACUUUUGAAUAUAAAAGAAAUAUAAUUUUAUCUCAUAUCGAUUUUAUGAAAAGCUAUAGUUAUCAAAUAAAGGAAAUUAUGAAAUUAAAGGAUAACAUAAAUAGCUACAAUAUGUCAGAAACUGAAUUAUACUUAGAACGAUUAAAUAAAAUUGAAAUAAAAAAUCAAUUGCUCUUCUCAAAAGUUUCCUCUAUUAAUACUUCUCUCGAACAAUUAGCUUAUAAAUAUGGACUACUUAUGAAGAUUGCUUCUCUGAUUAUUUUAAAAAAUAAAACCAAAAGUUUAUAA